AUGGCUCUGCUGGAGACCAACAAGUACUCGCAGGGCUCAGUCCUCGGCAGCGUGAAUCCUGACCUCGCCAGCGAGAGGCAAACGGCCUCGUUCAGUGUGGAAAAGCUCAUGGUCCUGCUGGACGGCGGCGUGGAGCGCACUCGGAUACGGAGGGCGGUGGUUGAAGCUAUCGAAUCCGACCCUGAAUUUAGCAGAGAAAAUGAGUAUUUCCAGAGCCAGAACGAGAGGUAUGAAGCAGCAGUCAGAAAAGCUGUUCACCUCCGGAAAAAGAUGCAGGAAAUGGGAUGGACUGAGGAUGGACCUGAAUAUACGUACAUUUACAGGGCACUGUCAGGAGAAAUCGCGUUUCUCCUUCACCGCGUUUUCAUGAGAAGUAUUACAGUGCUGGGCUCCAAGAAACAGAUCGCCAAAUGGAUUCCUCUCGCCGUCCAGUAUCAGCUCAUCGGAAGCUAUGCCCAGACCGAACUGGGGCACGGAACUUAUCUUCAGGGUUUGGAAACAACAGCAGUCUUUGAUGUCGCUACACAGGAGUUUAUACUGAACACACCAAAGAUCUCUGCCAUGAAGUGGUGGCCUGGAGACAUGGGAAGGACAGCAACUCACACGAUGGUCUUUGCUCAGCUGUACAUCCAUGGGAAGUGCUAUGGCGUGCAUCCCUUCAUCGUGCAGAUACGCAGCCUUCAGGACCAUUCACUCUGCCCAGGCAUAACUGCAGGAGACAUCGGUCCCAAAAUGAAUUUUGAGCACACUGACAACGGCUACCUCAUGCUGCAGAACGUGCAUGUCCCCAGGGAGAACAUGCUGAACAAGUUUUGCGAGGUUCAACCAGAUGGCACCUAUGUAAGACAGGGGUCAAAGAAGAUUAAUUAUUUCACAAUGACUACAGUGCGCAUCUCCCUCAUUUCGGACCAAGUCCUAAUACCUCUGAUGAAAGCUUGCACCAUUGCCAUCCGAUACUCCGUGGUUCGCCGGCAGUCCAAGUUGAAGCCUGGGGAAGAAGAAGCAAAAAUCCUUGACUACCAGACUCAGCAAGAGAAAUUGCUGCCCCAGUUGGCAGCAGCCUAUGCCUUUCAUUUCAUCAACAACUACCUGCAGAACCUCUUCGACAGGGGGUACAGAGACAUCCAGAAGAAGAACUUCGACACGCUGCCAGAGCUUCAUGCAUUUUCUUCAGGCUUCAAAGCCAUGGUUACUCAGUAUAGCACUUCAGCAGUGGAGAUCUGCCUCCGGGCAUGUGGAGGACAUGGUUAUUCCUUGCUGAGUGGACUCCCUUCCUUGUACACUAAAAUACUUGCCUCUUGUAUUUAUGAAGGGGAAAACACUAUUUUGCUCCUGCAAACUGCCAGGUUCCUGAUUAAGUGCUUCACGGCAGCCAGCACUGGCCAGCCUGUUCCGCCAUCUGUCACUUACCUGGCUGCAGUGAAACCUGGGAAUUGUCCAGCCAAGAGCAAGUUGGAUUUUCUCAGCCCAGACACUUACACUGAGGCCUAUCAACACAUGGCAGCCAGACUUGUAAGCAGCACGGCAGCUAAACUACAGGACUUGAUUCAGUCUGGAGCCAAAAAGCACGAUGCGUGGAACCAGUGCACAGUACAGCUGGCUCAGGCUGCAAAGGCUCACUGCCACUACAUCACAGUGAAGAACUUUGCAGAAACUGUGGAAAAACUCGAGACCCAGGCUGGCAUCCAGAAGAUUAUAAAACAUCUUUGUGACCUCUUUGCAUUACACGGGAUCUUCUCGAAUGCAGGACUCUUCUUGCACGACGGAUACAUAUCUGGAGCUCAAAUGGACAUGGUCACAGCAUCAUACCUGGACCUCCUGGCUGUCAUUCGGAAGGACGCUGUUCCACUAGUGGACGCUUUUGACUUCACAGAUAAGAGCUUGAACUCUGCGCUUGGCAGUUACGACGGGCAGGUUUACCAACGGCUUUACGAGUGGGCUCAGAAGUCACCAACCAACAAGAUGAGCCCAGCCUACGAGAGGUAUUUGAAGCCGCUUCUUCACAACAAGCUAUCGAAAUUAUGA